CAAGAACGCCAACCCCGAGCCGCUGCCCCGCAAGGAGGAGGAGGAGAAGAAGGAGGAGGAAGGCGACGGGCAGGACGAGAACGGCCCCAAGCCCAUGGUGCCCUACAGCUCCAUGUUCAUCCUCUCCACCACCAACCCGUUCCGCCGGCUGUGCCACUACAUCGUGAACCUGCGGUACUUCGAGAUGUGCAUCCUCAUGGUCAUCGCCAUGAGCAGCAUCGCCCUGGCCGCCGAGGACCCCGUGCAGCCCAACGCCCCCCGGAACAACGUGCUGCGCUACUUCGACUACGUCUUCACGGGGGUCUUCACCUUCGAGAUGGUGAUCAAGAUGGUGGAUCUGGGGCUGGUGCUUCACCAAGGUGCCUAUUUCCGGGACCUGUGGAACAUUCUGGAUUUCAUCGUGGUCAGCGGGGCCCUGGUGGCCUUCGCCUUCACGAGCAGCUCACGCGGCAGCAGCAAAGGGAAGGACAUCAACACCAUCAAGUCCCUACGCGUCCUCCGUGUCCUGCGGCCCCUCAAGACCAUCAAGAGGCUGCCCAAGCUCAAGGCUGUUUUUGACUGCGUGGUGAACUCGCUGAAGAACGUCCUCAACAUCCUCAUCGUCUACAUGCUCUUCAUGUUCAUCUUCGCCGUGGUGGCCGUGCAGCUCUUCAAGGGCAAGUUCUUCUACUGCACCGACGAGUCCAAGGAGUUCGAGAAGGACUGCAGGGGCGAGUACCUGGUGUACGAGAAGGACAACGAGGUGAAGGCGCAGAAGAGGGAGUGGAAGAAGUACGAGUUCCACUACGACAACGUGCUCUGGGCGCUGCUCACCCUCUUCACCGUCUCCACCGGCGAGGGGUGGCCGCAGGUCCUCAAGCACUCGGUGGACGCGACGUACGAGAACCAGGGCCCGAGCCCCGGGUACCGCAUGGAGAUGUCCAUCUUCUACGUCGUCUACUUCGUCGUCUUCCCCUUCUUCUUCGUCAACAUCUUCGUGGCCUUGAUCAUCAUCACCUUCCAGGAGCAAGGGGACAAGAUGAUGGAGGAGUACAGCCUGGAGAAGAACGAGAGGGCCUGCAUCGACUUUGCCAUCAGUGCCAAGCCGCUGACCCGGCACAUGCCCCAGAACCGCCAGAGCUUCCAGUACCGCAUGUGGCAGUUCGUGGUGUCCCCCCCCUUCGAGUACACCAUCAUGGCCAUGAUCGCCCUCAACACCAUCGUCCUCAUGAUGAAGUUCUACGACGCCUCCGACACCUACGAGAACGUCCUCAAGAUGUUCAACAACGUCUUCACCUCCCUCUUCUCCCUCGAGUGUCUCCUCAAGAUCAUGGCCUUCGGCGUCCUG